CGUUACCUAUCCCUGAGAGUAUGUACGGUGCUACAGGCUUAACGAGGACUAUUCUUAAAUGUUUAAUGUUUUGACAGUUACCAGAGAGAGAAUAAAUGUCUCGCAAUCAAUCAUUUUGAAUGCGUUUAAUAAAUACGUUUAUAUUUUAGGCUAUUGCUAUUAUUGGUUAAAGUUUAGGCUACUAGCCUAUAUGGUCCAAUGGGAAUUCGGGAGAUCCAACGCAAUUUUGGAAAUGUUGACCGAGGGCUCUAGCCUACCUUUGGACUAGCAAAUAAAAAGUUGUCUCCCUUGUCGUUACUAGCGGUCGUUACCGACAUGUCUGACUGGACGGAUAUUCUACCGAGAUACAUGAAGAAAUAAAACGCCACCAACUAUCCUCCACCGGUCUUUUUUUUGGACGGAGAUGGUCUCGCGCGGAAUAACGGAUUUGUGAAGCUAUGGCGCUCGGGCACGGCUCCAAAAAGUCGCGCUCCUGUGAUUUGGAGGUAGCACCAGCUCCUGUGGACCUGCCAUUGGAAUGGGUGGGGCCCGGUAACGAAGCCUCCAUGACGUCCUCUAAGAUGUUGAGACGACCCUGCAGGUGUCUCCUAGCCUUCCUUGUCAUCGUCACCAUCAUCAUCCUCUCGGGAGGAGCAACUCUGGCAUGGUACUUCCUGGAGUACAGGGUGUGGGUACUGGAGCCCAGGGUACAACAGCAGUAUACUGCUAGACUCUCUAUCCUCAACAGGAACUACUCCUCUGGUCUCUCCUCUCACACCAGCCCAGCCUUCACAGCCCAGGCAAAGGAAGUACAAGAUAUGGUGAGGAGGAUAGUGAAGGGCUCAGACCUAUCUCGCUACUUCAACUCCACCAAAGUCUUUGCUUUUGGGGAGGGAAGUGUGGUGGCACACUUCUGGCUGGUACUGUCAGUCCCCGACAGCCAUGUUGGUAAGGUAACUAUGGAGCGAGUCAGCAGCUGCCUACACAGUCUACUAGGGGCCUACAGAGGGAGCGACAGAGAGGAGACUGCUAACUAUGGAGAAUAUCUGUUGCAUCUUCCCUCUUUCUCGAUCACAGAAACAGACCCCAAAGUUGUAGAACUUUUGAAAGCUUCAUUUGACUGCUACAGGUACCAGGUGGUCAGCUCCAGCACAGCGGUGGCUAUGAGGGGACCUAACACCCAGCGCUCGUCCUGCCUUUGGCACCUCAGGGCCCCGCAAGGCUCCAGCACCCAGAGUUUCAGACUGGAGCUGAGGAUGGAGUGGCUGCUACCAGAGUGUAGAGAUAGACUGGCUGUCUAUGAUGGUUUAACACCUACUGAUACUCACCUCAUCACCUCUCUGUAUGGCUGCAGCAGACAAGAGCGUGUUGUUCAUGUGUUGUCAUCAGGAGAGUGGAUGACAGUGGUCUGGAAACAGGGUCUCUACAACUACAAAGACCCCUUCUCCCUGUCUGCACAGGCCUGGACCACUGAAAUGUGUUCCUCCAACAUAGAGCUGCAGCCAGUAUCAGGGGUACAGGGUAGUCUACGUACCCCCUUCUAUCCCAGCUACUACCCACCAGACACCAACUGUACCUGGACAUUCACUGUGCCCUCUGCAGACUAUGGACUAUCACUGGAGUUUGAAGGUUAUGAGCUGAGCAGGGCCAACUAUAACCAGGCCUGUACACAGGGACAGUGGAUGGUACAGAACCGCAGGUUCUGUGGGACGAGAGGUCUCCAGCCGUAUGCUGAGCGCCUCUACCUCCUCUCCACGGCAACCAGAGUUGUCAUGACGUCCGAGGUGUCAAUCACAGGGCCUGGACUCCAGGUCCACUACAGCCUCUUCAACCAAUCAGAUCCCUGUCCUGGUCAGUUCCUGUGUACUCUAAAUGGUCUGUGUGUUCCAGCCUGUGACGGCAUCAAAGACUGCCCCAACGGACUGGACGAGAGGAACUGUGUGUGUAUAGCCCAGUACCAGUGUCCAGAGGACAGUCAGUGUGUUGACUACUUCAAGGUGUGUGACCAGCACCCAGACUGCCUUGAGGCCAUGGAUGAAGAGAACUGCACAGAGGGUGUACAGUGUACAGACAAGACGUAUGUGUGUGCUGACGGGACGUGUCUGAAGAAGCCGAACCCAGAGUGUGACUUCAUCACCGACUGUCCUGAUGCCUCCGAUGAGAGACACUGUGACUGUGGUCUGAGGCAGUUCACCAGUCGCGUUGUGGGAGGAGUCAACGCUACUGAAGGGGAGUGGCCAUGGCAGGUCAGCCUUCAGAUCGGUGGACGUCAUGUCUGUGGGGGGGCUCUGGUCUCCAGCCAAUGGGUGGUGUCCGCUGCCCACUGUUUCUAUGAUGACCGUCUCUCUCCCAGAGCGUGGACAGUCUACCUAGGUAAGUUCCUAUUGAACCGCAGCAGUCAGAUGGAGGAUGCCAUUCGGGUGCAACAGAUCCUCCUGCACCAGUACUAUGAUGACGAGACACACGAUUAUGACUUGGCUUUGCUGCGACUGGAGAGACCUGCAGCUCCAGGCACCCUGGCCCAGCCCGCAUGCCUGCCGUCACCUACACACCAGCAAGAACCUGAGCUACUCUGUUGGGUCACGGGCUGGGGGGCGCUACGUGAAGGAGGCACUCCCAGUAACGUGCUGCAGAAGGUGGACGUGCGUCUGGUGAGCGAGGAGGCCUGCUUCCGUUCCUACGGUUACAUGGUCACUCCCAGGAUGUUGUGUGCCGGCUACCGUAGCGGAGAGAAGGAUGCCUGUCAGGGUGACUCGGGCGGUCCGUUGGUCUGCCAGGAGAACUCGGGUCGUUGGUUCCUAGCGGGCGUGGUCAGCUGGGGAAAGGGGUGUGGCCGGGCCGACUACUACGGCGUCUACACCCGCGUCACCAAACUCACCGGCUGGAUCAAAGAACACAUCUCUGGACAUGGCUGACCUUCAUCAUUCUCACCAUCAUCAUCAUCAUCCCAAAACAUUGUUAUCAUGUAGUAAUUGUUGUGAUCGAUUCUCUGUGUCAGUCCUUAGUAUAUUUAGAUGUCCGUCAGGUUUUUAACAGUGUCAUUGACCACACAGUUCAUCAACCUAACAAGCAGACUUUCUGUCUCCUCUGGGCAAAUACACACUCUGCAGUAUUGGGCUCUACAUUCAACACUGCCACCUAGUGGAAGUUGUUAGAAUUACAACAUAAUUAAGAACUACCAUACCAAGGCAAUAGGCCCCGCAAAUUCAAAUCUGGACCUUAAAGCUCCACUGCUUUUGUUCAUUCAUCCCCUAAUCAGGGAUGGAUUUACACCUGCGACACCAGGUGUGUGCAAUUAAUUAUCAGGUAGAACAGAAAACCAGCAGUACUCUGCACCUCGUAGGGUCAGAUUUGAAUGCACCUGCAAUCGUCCUUGAUUCCUUCAUCGAAUGUUUGUCUGUUUAUAUACUGCUGUGGAUUGGAAUGGGUUAUGCACAGAUCAUUUCAGUCAGUGCACUACACAUGAAAUGCUGAUUGCUUUCAGUGUAUUUCAUUACAUGAGGUUUCUGAUGAAAGCCAUUGAAGGCUGAAACGUCAAUCUUUAAAAUGGUGAGUGUGACUUGUGCCGUUUCCUUUUCAAUUACAUGAUGUUCAUCAUUGUAAAUUAGAGCUUGUAAACCUUUCAAAACAUGAGGGAAUCCUAACUGGCAUCCUAUUCCCUCUGGGCUCUGGUUUAAAGUAGUGCACUAUAUAGGGAAUAGGGCGCCAUUUGGAACGACAACCGUGAGGGUCGGAGUCAUCAUGAGGUUUCAUCAAUAAACCAGCCGAACUGUAA